CAUCAAUGGUCAUGCAGCCCUAGUGAAAAAUUUCAUCCUGUCCUAGUAAAAAUCAAUUAAAUUAUAGUGGAAGACCUUAAGUAAAUGGGCAAUACUAGUGGCAGCUACAACUAAAAAUAGAGCAGCGCCUUAACUGAUAGCAAAAACACCAGUAGCAGGCCCUGUUAGAUGUGUGUUGGCUGUGUGUAGUCCGGAAAUAUAUCAUAAUAUAUACACACAUACGGGCUGCCCUACGCAUACAGUGAUAAGCCAGUAUUUACUGACGAAACGGCGCCUCGAACACCACGUAGUAUCCAAAAAAGUCAUCACCUGUCCCAGAGGCAACAUCCAAUAACCAACAUGGAGGGCAAUAAGGACGAGGCACAGCGCUGCAUUGAUCUCGCGGUGCAGUCCCUGGCCGAGGGCAAAAUCGACAAGGCAGAAAAGUUCCUGCUCAAGGCAGAAAAACUCUAUCCCACGGAGAAUGCAAAGAAGCUACUGGCCAGAGUGAAGAGCACACCUGGCAGCGGCAGCAAUGGCAAAUCUCGACCAGCGGCUGCCGCCGAUGAGAAGGACAGUGGACCCAGAAAGCGCACCAAUUCGGACUCGCGUAACACCGCUCCAGACUACUCCAACGAUCAGCUAGAGGCUGUGCGCAAGAUCAAAAAAUGUAAAGACUAUUACGAGGUAUUGGGUGUGAACAAGACCGCCACGGAUUCGGAGAUCAAGAAGGCCUACAAAAAGUUGGCCCUACAAUUGCAUCCCGACAAGAACAAGGCCCCUGGCGCCGUGGAGGCCUUCAAGGCACUCGGCAAUGCUGUUGGCGUCCUGACCGAUGCGGAGAAACGCAAGAAUUAUGAUCUUUAUGGCAUUAACGAGACGAGCAGUGUCAAUACACAUAAUAAUGGAGGGGGAAACCAUGGGCAUGGACAGUACUACAAUGAAUAUGGAUAUUCGCGCGGUUUCCAGGCCGACAUCAGUGCCGAGGAGCUGUUCAAUAUGUUCUUCAAUGGCGGCUUCCCACAGCAGAAUGUUUAUAUGCGACAGCAGCGGCGUCAACGGCAGCAACGUGAGGAUCGCGAGGGAAACAAUUCAUCGGCUUUGAUCAAUUUGUUGCCUAUCUUGCUGCUCAUUGGCCUGUCCAUGAUGUCGUCCUUCUUUAUCUCUGAUCCUAUGUACAGCUUGACGCCCUCGCAUAAAUACUCGGUGAAGCGUGAGACGAACGGCCUUAAGGUUCCUUACUAUGUCAAGGAGAAUUUCUAUUCAGAGUAUCAGGGCUCUGUGGCGCGACUGGAGGAGUCUGUUGAGGAGGACUUUGUCAAUCAUCUCAAGCACUCUUGCAGUCGUGAACGGAAUUAUCGUGACUCUAUGCUGGCCAAGGCGCGUACGUUUGGCGAUCGGGACCUGUAUCGCAAAGCGCAGAAUAUCAAUACGCCUUCAUGCGAGAAUCUGCAAAAGUAUUUAAUCACAUAAUCUAGUUGCUACAUGUUGCUGCUACACGAAAAUUCCCCUUUUUAAAAGCCAUUACCUUUGGUUGUAGUUUUGUCCCCCCAGCCCCCCCACCAACCAUACACACCCAUUGCUUAUAGUUGUUAUAAAUGAAUUUCAUUGUUUUAUCAUUUGAUUGUUAUCAUUUUUAUAUAUACUGAAACACCUUUUCUUUCUCCCCCCCACCCACACCAUCCUCCUACCUUCCUCGACCAAUCAAAUAGAGUUUUUAUAUGGCUUGAUGGUAAAAACGUACAGAAUAUAUGGUAGAAGAUGUCGUCCUCCGACAGUUGAACAUAUAAAUUAUAGUGCAAUCCUCCACAUUGAACCAUUAAACCCCUCCAAACCCCCCUGCGGCAUGUUUGAAAGCGAAGCGAACGCAACUGCCAUUAAGUCACAUCACGUAUCAACGAGUACGAGUAUCUAUAAGUGGGAGGCUGAAAAUCCAUGGAUAAGCGUGUUUUUUUCAUUAUUUAGAAUUCGGAUAUUUAGGCAUAAUGCAAAUGAUACGAUGAUGCAUACAUACAUAUAUACAUACAAAAAAAAAACAUUGAUAGACAAAUUGUAAACUGGUUUUUUCUUAAGGACACAUCCUAUCAAUCAUUCAUUGGGCAGUGUUUUGCGAUACUCUGAAUAAAACUUCAAGCAAAUCAUUAUAAAAAGUGUUUCCAUGGCCAUACAACUGCUAGAAUUGGUUUUCUUUGGUUUUAAAUAUAAUUAAUAUUUGUUUGCAAUGA